CUCUUGGAUCUAAUCGCAAAAGCUCUUUUCCUCACUCAGUGCCCACGCAAAUCUCGCCGCCGGCGAUGCCGUCCUCCUACGCCGCCGUCGCAUCCUCUUCGCGGAAGCCGGUUCCUGUCGCCACUGCUACUGCCACCGCGCGUAGACCAGCAGCGCCCUUACCUGCGCCCGCACCCUCGCCUUCAAACCCUAGACACGUCUCCGAUUCUGACCCCUCGUGCUGCUCCUCCUCCUCCGGGGACGAGACCGAUCUCGCCGCCAGCGACCCGGCAACUGCCUCCGUCAUCUCCACAUACCUCUCCGUCGCCGGCGACGGCGCCGACCUCGCCAAGGUCCGUCUUUUCCUCAGCUCCGCCGCGCGCCGCCGAUCACCGCCGUGCCUGAUCUGCUUGGACCCAAUCCGCCCCUCCGACCCCGUCUGGUCCUGCUCAGCCUCCUGCUUCGCGCUCCUCCACCUCCCUUGCAUCCAGUCAUGGGCGCACCAGUCUGCCUCCGCCGCGCCCUCCCCCACCUGGGGCUGCCCCAAGUGCCGCGUCGCCUACCCCAAAUCCCAGACCCCCACCUCCUACCACUGCUUCUGCUCCAAGACCGUUGACCCGCCUGCCGAUCCCUGGAUCCUCCCACACUCGUGUGGCGAGGUCUGUGACCGCCCCCUCAAUUCAAAUGCAGACUCCGGCUGCCAGCACACCUGCCUCCUGCGUUGCCACCCUGGACCAUGUCCUCCGUGCCCCACCGUCGUCCCUAACGCUCGCUGCUUUUGUGGAGCACACCGUGAACCCCGGCGCUGCGCGCGUCAGCGUUAUUCUUGUGGGAGUAAAUGUAAUAAAAGCCUUAGCUGCGGACUCCACCGGUGCCCGGUGGAUUGCCAUGAUGGGCCCUGUCCGCCGUGUGCGGUGCGGGGGAAUCACAAGUGUGAGUGUGGGGAGACAACGGUGGAGAGGUUGUGCUCUGAAAGGGUUUUCCAGUGCAAGAGGGAGUGUGGUGGGAUGCUGGAUUGUGGGAAACAUAGGUGUGAGAGGGGAUGCCAUGGUGGAAAGUGCGGGGAAUGUCCGCUUCGAGGACGGCGGACUUGCCCUUGUGGCAAGACGGAUUAUCCAAGGUUGGAGUGUGACAUGGAGGCUGCCACGUGUGGAUCGACUUGUGAGAAGGUGCUAGGGUGCGGGCGGCACAAGUGCCCUGAGCGGUGCCAUCGAGGCCAGUGUGACAAGAUCUGCCGUCUUGUGAUCAAAAAGUCCUGCCGCUGUGGGGGUCUGAAAAAGGAGUUGCCUUGCCACCAAGACUUGACCUGCGAAAGGAAAUGUCAGCGUUUACGUGACUGUGGACGCCAUGCUUGUAAGCGACGUUGUUGUGUUGGGGAUUGCCCACCCUGCGCAGAGAUUUGUGAUAGGAGGCUCAGAUGUGGCAACCAUAAAUGUCAAUCCCCAUGCCACAGAGGUGCUUGUUCACCUUGUCCUUUGAUGAAGACCAUCUCAUGCUUCUGUGGGAAAACAUACUUUGAGGUUCCUUGUGGGACUGAGAAGAAUCAGAAACCACCGAAAUGCUCAAAAAAGUGCAAUGUAGAUCGCCUUUGCAGACACAAGUUUGACUGCCGGCCCCAUAAAUGCCACUAUGGAGCCUGUCCACCUUGCAAAAUGAUCUGCGCAGAAGAACUUUCUUGUGGCCACAAGUGUAAAGAAAGGUGUCAUGGUUCUAUCCCUCCUCCGAACCCUGAGUACACACUUAAACCAAUGAAGAAGAAAAUGGAAAAGCAUAUAGAAUGUACGCCUGGAACACCAUGCCCACCAUGCCAAGAAGUUGUUCUGGUGCCAUGUUUGGGACAGCAUAUAGGCCAAGAACGUGCAAUACCUUGCUCGAAAAGGAGGCAAUUUCCCUGUCAGAAUUUAUGCGGAAACCCUCUCCCUUGUGGCAACCAUUAUUGCACAAAGGCCUGCCAUGUGUUAGAGAUCCCAUUGGGUCAGCCUAAAGCUGAUAUCAUAUUAUCUCUUCAUAGAAAGAACACACUUGCUGAGCCUUGUGAAGACUGCGACCUUCCUUGUCAAAGGGUCAGGAAUUCUCCUUGUACACAUCCUUGCCCUUUGCCAUGCCAUGAGAACGAUUGUCCACCUUGCAAAGUCCUUGUUAAAAGAUCAUGUCAUUGUGGUGCUAUGACACACUCUUUUGAGUGCGUGCACUAUAACAACUUAAAUGCCAAGGAACAGCUGAAAGUAAGGUCCUGUGGUGGCCCAUGUCACAGGAAAUUACCAAAUUGCCCCCACUUAUGCUCAGAAAUAUGUCACCCUGAUCAAUGCCCAUCAGUUGAUCAGUGCAUGAAAAAGGUCAAUGUACGUUGUGCAUGCAACACCCUGAAAAAGGAGUGGGUAUGUCAAGAUGUUCUCAAGGAGUACCGAAGAUCUGGUCGUGAUCCAAAAGAAGUGCCUAAAGGUCAGUUUGGAGGCGGUCUACUCCUAUGUGGUGAAGAUUGCGUGAAAAAGGUCAAAGUUUCUUCCACAGAGUUGCAUCUCCGGAAAGUUCAGGAGGUUAAGAAUCCUGCCAUGGAAGUUGCAAACGUGCCCAAACGUAAGAAGAAGCGUGAGCGUGGAGGACAAGAACCUGCUCCGUAUUCGAUGUUACAGAAAAUCAAGGAUUUCCUUUCGGGGCCUCUCCUGAAACUUUUGCUACUGGUAAUUGCUAUAGCUGGAUUGGUUGGGUUGGUGGUGGUGACGGUGAAAUUUAUUUACCAGAUUUCAGAUUGGAUGAACGAAAUGGAGGAGCAGAGGACCAGGCAAAGGAACCUGAGGGCUCCAAGGUUGUAAAAAUAUAUAUUUUGAGACUUUUAUAUAUGGGUUCUUGCGCGCCCAGUAACCAGUUUUGAGAUGUAGAUCAAUAAACGACUCUUUACUGUCGCGGUCCAGUCUCUGGAAGCGUAUAUCUGAAACUGAAAGGAUGCCAUUGUUUGGUUCAUUCGUUUGUAUCAAAGGAAAACGGCGUUGUAUUC